UUCAAUGAUUAGUUAGAGCUGAACUAGGAAAACUUAGGAUGCUGUUUGUGUCAAUGGGAAGCCAUUACUACUAUGAUGUUUUUUUGGGGUUUUUGGUGGCCAUUGGAAUAGCAGUUUAUCUGUUGAGUGGAAGACAAACAGCAAGGUCCAAAAGCCACAUUCCUGGCAAGCUGGGAAUCCCAUUCUUGGGGGAAACUUUCUCUCUUCUUUCAGCCACAAACAGCACCAAAGGAUGCUAUGAUUUCGUUAGAACACGACGCCUAUGGCACGGGAGAUGGUUCAAGACGAGGAUAUUUGGGAAGGUACAUGUGUUCGUGCCAAGCGUUGAUGGGGCGAGAACGAUCUUUGCCAACGAUUUCAGCCUCUUCAACAAAGGCUACGUGAAAUCGAUGGCAGAUGCAGUGGGGAAGAAGAGCUUGCUGUGUGUCCCCCACGACAGUCACAAGAGAAUUCGUCGCCUUCUCUCCGAUCCUUUCUCCAUGAAUUCCCUGUCCAUUUUUGUUCAAAAAUUUGACAGAAUGCUGUGUGAAAGACUUGAGGAACAGCACAGAAAUAGGAAGAGCUUCACUGUGCUAGACUUCAACAUGAAGAUUACAUUUGAUGCAAUGUGCAAUAUGCUAAUGAGCAUAACAGAUUGUUCAUUGCUUCGUCGAAUUGAAAAAGACUGCAGCACUGUUUCUGAUGCCAUGCUAUCAUUUCCUGUAAUGAUUCCAGGCACCAGAUACUAUAAGGGCAUCAAGGCACGCGGGAGGCUGAUGGAAACAUUUAAGACGAUGAUAGCCAGCAGACGAAGACGAAGGGGAAACGAUGAUGAAGAUCGAGAUUUCCUACAAGAAAUGCUGGAGAGGGAUUCGUUUCCAGACAGCGAAAAGCUCGACGACGAAGAGAUCAUGGACAACUUGCUGACAUUGAUCAUUGCAGGGCAGACAACCACUGCUGCAGCCAUGAUGUGGAGUGUUAAGUUGUUGGAUGAAAACACAGAGAUUCAAAACAGGCUAAGGGAAGAGCAACUUUCAAUACUCAGAAACAAACCAAAAGGAGCCCUACUAACUCUUGAAGAUCUAAACACCAUGACAUAUGCCUCAAAGGUUGUGAAGGAGACGUUGAGAAUGUCAAACGUGCUGCUAUGGUUCCCUCGAGUCACACUCGAUAACUGCAAAAUCGAAGGGUUUGAUAUAAAGAAAGGAUGGCAUGUGAACAUAGAUGCAACAUGUAUACACUAUGAUCCAGCAAUAUACAAGGACCCUACACACUUCAAUCCGUCAAGAUUUGAUGAAAUGCAAAGGCCAUAUAGCUACAUUCCUUUUGGAUCAGGGCCUAGAACAUGCUUGGGAAUAAACAUGGCAAAAGUUACAAUGCUGGUGUAUUUGCAUCGCCUCACAAGCCAAUACAAGUGGUCAGUUGAUGAUCCAGAUCCUAGCCUGGAAAGAAAAGCACAUAUUCCAAGAUUGAGAAGUGGGUGCCCAAUCACUUUAACAGCCUUCAAUCAAGGGGACUAUACAUAAAACCAUUACUACUGAAACUACAAUGUAAUGUAUGUUAAUCUAAGACACAAUGUAUGUUAUAUAUGGUACAACUACAACUCUUUCAAAUCUCCUCAUCAUCACCCAUUAGUACUCAGCUAGCUCUUCCAAAGACGUGUUGCCCAUGAACCUGGGCAAAUUAGGCCCACUUCACAAUAUAGAUUCAGCUCCAUUUCAAAUAUAUUAGUGGUUCAUUUUUGGAAGAA